UUACAUCUCCUUCCUCAGAUCUUCAUCUCUCUCCACUUUCACGGUAUCCCUUCAUUCCCUUAUUCUAUUUCCUAUUGUAAACUCGUGUGAUUGAUUCAUUUGCGUUCGAUUAUUCUUGCUUCUCAGCUUCAUAUGAUCCUCUGUUUUUUUUGCUCUGUUUAGAGAAGAUGGGUGUUGAGUUUGUGAAGUCCGGUGGAUUCGAGGUAGCUCCGGCUCCUUUCGAAGGAAAGCCCGAGACGAACGGGAAGGUAGUGGAUAAGGUCGCCAUCAAGAAAGCCGAAGAGAGUCCCAACAACAACAACAACAACAACAACAAUGUGUUGAUCUCCGAUGUACCAAAAGACGCAGCGGAAGAGUGGCCCGCGGCGAAGCAGAUCCGGUCCUUCUACUUCGUUAAGUACCGUCACUUCGACGACCCCAAGAUCAAAGCCAAGCUUGAUGUAGCUGAUAAGGAGCUUGAGAAGCUUAGCAAGGCCAGGAGUGCUGUCUACGAACAGUUGAAAGCUAAGAGGGCGGAGAGAUCUGAGUUGUUUGACCUGUUGGACCCGUUGAAGACGGAGCGUCAAGGGUACAACACCAAGUUUGAUGAGAAGAGAAAGGAGAUGGAACCGUUGCAGCAAGCUCUGGGGAAGCUAAGGGGCAAUGAUGGUGGGAAUGCUCGUGGGCCUGCUAUAUGCUCCUCCGAGGAAGAGCUGAACAAUAUGAUAUACAGCUACCAGUAUAGGAUUCAACAUGAGAGCAUUCCGUUAACCGAGGAGAAGCAGCUUCUCAAAGAGAUCAGGCUGCUUGAAGGGACGAGGGAUAAGGUCAUUGCUAAUGAGGCUGUGAGGGCCAAGAUCAAAGAGUCUAUGGGUCAGAAAGAUGAUAUUCAAGGUCAAGUUAAGUUAAUGGGUGCUGGCUUGGACGGAGUGAAGAAAGAGAGGCAGGCGAUUUCCGCGAGGAUUAAUCAGCUGAGUGAGAAGGUGAAAGCAGCUAAAGAUGAGAUUCAGGUGCUUGAGAAUGAGCUGAAGACUGUGACUGAGAAGAGAGACAAAGCUUACUCAAACAUCCGUGAGCUUAGGAAGCAAAGAGAUGAGAAUAACUCUGGAUUCUACCAAGGACGUGUUGUGUUGAACAAAGCUAGAGACUUGGCUGCACAGAAGAACAUAGAGGAGCUCGAGGCGCUCUCCAACGCAGAGGUUGAGAAGUUCAUCUCCCUCUGGUGCAGCAAGAAGAAUUUCAGAGAAGAUUACGAGAAGAGACUCUUGCCAUCGCUUGAUGCUAGGCAGCUUAGCCGAGAUGGAAGGAUGAGGAACCCUGAAGAGAAGCCUCUGAUUGCUCCUCCAGAGGCACCACCGCAAGCAAAGGCGGUGACCGAGGUUGUUCCUAAAGCCAAGGCAAAGCAACAGCAGCAGCAGCCAAAGGAGGAGCCAGUUUCUGCACCUAAACCAGAUGCUCCUGCUGUUCAGAAGAAAGCUAAAGAUGCGGCGAAAGUAAAGAACGUUGUUGUUGCUGAUGAAGAGGAGGAGGAUGAGGAAGUGUAUGGUCUUGGAAAGCCGCAGGAGGAGAAGAAGGUGGAUGAAGCGGCGCUGAGAGAGAUGAGAAAGCAAGAGGAGAUUGCUAAAGCCAAGCUUGCCAUGGAAAGGAAAAAGAAGCAGGCGGAGAAAGCUGCUGCCAAAGCUGCUAAAAGAGCUCUAAUGGAAGCUGAGAAGAAAGAGAAAAAGGAGAGAGAGAAGAAGGCCAAGAAGAGCGGAAUAGAGGCUGUAUCUGAGGAAGCUCCAGAAGCUUCUGAGGCUGAGAAGGAGGAGAUUGAAGCACCAGUGGAGGAGAAACCACAGAAGGAGAAAGCUUUGAAGGAGAAACCAGUGAGGAACAGGAUCCGCACUAGAGGAGGACCAGAAACACUCCCUAGAGCUAUCCUCAAGCGUAAGAAGGCGACUAACUACUGGAUUUAUGCUGCUCCAGCUGCUCUUGUGGUGCUAAUGCUUCUUGUCUUGGGUUACUACUACGUUCUCUAGAUGGAAAACGUAAUGAUGAUCAAGCGAGUCUGCGUUUGUUGUAGUUUGGGAUCUUGUUUUUGAGGAUGAGACUCUUUAAACUUAUGCCUCCUUUUACAUACAGAGUAGCUACUCCUCCCUUUUACAAGUACUUUUUUACAUUUCACUUCUUUGUUCUUCUUUUUUCUCUUUUGUUGUUGAGGCUUUAACUUUCAAGUAUGAAAACAGUUUUUGUUACAUUACUUUUUAUAGCUCUGAUAGUGUUACAGAUUA